AAGGAGAACCUCACAUUGAAAAUGUAAAACUAAGUGAAGGGAAGACUAUCAACAGCGGAAUAUUUAUGGGAUCAUGGUGUAGACGUAUAUAUUAAAAGAUAUGCACUGGCUUUAUCCUUCCUGUUUACGUUUAAAAGUAGACAACAAGGAACUGGAAAACUUUUGAACACACAACACCACAACUUACGUGAGCUGCAUUGGGGUUGAACAUUGUUUCUGGACCGCCUCGACACGGAUAGUAAAAGUGUUUGCCAUGACUCCGUGACCCUGCCAGCCCCUAGCCCCCAGAAUCGCCACAGUCGGUUACAGGAUAAUCCUCAAGGAGACGAACAUGUGGGCUUCGUGUUGUAACUGGCUCUGUCUGGACGCUGGGACGGUGGAGGAGAACAGCACCAGCAGUAAUAUGCAGCGUCAGGCCUACACCAACUCAGGCUACAGCAGCCACCCGUCACCCGUCGCACCAGAGCACAUGUGCAAGGCCUGCCGGGGCCGCAUCGAUUCUGUGGCUGGGAAGCACGUGUGUUUUGACUGUAAGAAGAAUUUCUGUGGGCGUUGCUCUACCCAGCUGGAGUUUCGCCCUCGGCUGUGCCACACGUGCCAGCGUUUCUACGGCACCCUGUUUGAGCGGGCUGAGUUGAUGAAGCUGAAGGUGAAGGACCUGAGAGACUACUUGCACCUGCAUGAGGUUUCCACGACGAUGUGCCGCGAGAAAGAGGAGCUGGUCGAGCUGGUCCUCGGCCAGCAGACUCCCACCGACGAGGCGGGCCUGACGGCCCAGCCGCACGCGCGCUCAGCCGAGCAAGAGUCUGCUCCUGCCCCUGCCCCGCCGCCGCCUGCCUCCACCCCGCUACCCUCAGGAAACGACGUCAUGACAGAGCAGCCGCCUCAGACGCAAGAACCAGAGGAUGGCCAGAACUUGUCAGUGGUGGAGGAGACUGUUGAGGGUGAGGUCGACACAGAGCUGCAGGAGGAGCAGGAGUCCCAGUCAUCAGAUUCUGAAGAGGUAUUGGCUCCAGGGCGCAGGGCCUCUCUCUCAGACCUGAGCUCAGUGGAGGACAUAGAGGCCCUCAGCGUGCGGCAGCUGAAGGAGAUCCUUGCCCGGAAUUUCGUCAACUACAAGGGCUGCUGUGAGAAAUGGGAGUUAAUGGAGAGAGUUACACGUCUCUACAACGACCAAAAGAACCUGCAGAAUUUGGUUUCGAACACCAAUGACGGCAUAGAUCCUCCUUCUGGGACGGGCACCGAGGAGAACCUUUGUAAAAUCUGUAUGGACUCUCCCAUCGACUGUGUCCUGCUGGAGUGCGGCCACAUGGUCACAUGUACCAAAUGUGGAAAGCGCAUGAGUGAAUGUCCCAUCUGCAGGCAGUACGUGGUGCGGGCGGUCCACGUCUUCAGAUCCUGAACGCU